ACUGAACAAUCCCAUAGAAGAAAGCAAAGAGAGAAAGCAAUAGAAGGAGGUGGAUUAUCUUUCUGAGUAUUUCCAAGCCCAAAACUGUCUUUGGCCCACUAGGGUUCUACAAAACCCCAGCCUCCGCCCAAGUUCGCGCUCUUGCCGACCGAAAUUAGUCCUCCAAUGGCGCCCAACAAACGAAUGAGCAGCAAAAACGCGGCGGAGCGAUCGGCGUACUUCGCUCGCAGGGAGGCGGCGGCGAGAAAGUGCUGGCAGGGCGCGGCCGACCGCGCGGCCUCCGCCUCCCAUCAAUCCAUCGUCUAGCGGCCCCUCCGUUCGAACAAGAAGGCCACCUUCGCCCUCGUUUGCCAAACCCUAAAAUAUCUUCCAAUUCUCAAGCAAAUUUUAGCCGCAAGCAGUGUAUUGAACAGCAAGUGGAAGAAGCAAGAGGAGUUAAUAUAUGUAACUUCAUAUGACAUUCUAUUUGGACAGGAAGUUGCAACGUCAGGUGCUGCAGAAAAAUUCUUAAUGCAUUCCAAAAACUCCCUUCAGUCUGCUUUGGCAAAGCUUCUUGUGAGAGAAAAGACGAAAAAUAUUGAAGACUUGCUCCUAAAGAAUCAUAGUCCUGUAUGUUCCAAACCUAGGUAUGUUCGUGUGAAUACACUCAAAAUGGAUGUGGAGACUGCAGUUCAUGGGUUAGAAUCAAUCACUAAGGUUGCAAAAGAUGACAUGGUUCCAGACUUACUAAAACUUCCCUCUGGGACUGAUUUACAUGAUCAUCCUUUGGUUACAAGCGGAAGUGUUGUCGUGCAAGGCAAAGCAAGUUCUAUGGUGGCCGUUGCCCUGUGCCCUCAGCCAGGAUGGGAGGUUCUAGAUGCCUGUGCUGCUCCUGGAAAUAAAACUGUUCACCUUGCUGCACUAAUGAAAGGAAUGGGAAAUAUUAUAGCAUGUGAACUUCACAAGGAAAGGGCUAGACUUCUAGAAGAUACUAUCAGGCGGACUGGAGCUCCUAAUGUGAACAUAUUUCAAGGUGAUUUUUUAGAUUUAGAUGCCAGGGAUCCCAAGUUUUCAAAGAUCCGUGCUAUUCUCUUGGAUCCUUCUUGCUCAGGGUCUGGAAUUGCCAGAGAAAGAUUAGACUAUUUGCUCCCUUCAUUCAAGAAAGGGGAAGACGGUGAUGCUGCUAAUUCUCAGAGAGUAAGGAAUCUUGCUGCUUUCCAAACAAAAGCUCUUCUUCACGCCUUAUCAUUUCCCGCAGUUGAGAGAGUUGUAUACAGCACAUGUUCAAUUCAUCAAGCAGAAAAUGAAGACGUCAUCAGUUCAGUUCUCCCCUUUGCCACCUCUAUCGGUUUUGAACUGGCAACUCCUUUCCCGCAGUGGCCUCAUCGUGGCCUCCCUGUCUUCAACGGUGCUGAACAUUUGCUAAGAACAGAUCCAACCGAAGAAACGGAAGGAUUCUUUAUUGCACUAUUUGCUAGGAAAAGUGAGACGAAUAAAUCUGAGGAAGCACCUGAAGAAUCACACAUUCAGAAGUUACCUCAUCCCUCUACAAAAAAGAUUUGCAGAAUGCGGAAGCCGACUCCAUUCCUUCCACUAAGAAAGAUGUUGCAAUAUAAUGCCAUCCCACUCCUGAGACAUAAUAGAAAAAGAAAAAGAAUAUGACUGUGACGUCUAAAUUAUGAAAUUUUGGUUAACGCUAACCAUGAACGCUUCCGCCUGUUCUGUGUUUAUUGUUGUAUGUUUUUUUAUCAUGCAUCACGGACAUAUCUCUUUUUGUUGUACGCUUCUGCUACAGUUAAUAUGGUAUCAUCGUCUUUUUCAUUUUUC